CCCGGGUCCGAACCCGCGGAGGGAGCGGGACCGCGCUCCGCGCCCGCGGAGAUGGUUUCCCCAGCGCCCUGCGGCCGCCGGCGCUGCCGGGCGCUGCCGGGCACCGCGCACUGAAAGCGGGCGCGGAUCUUGCUCCAGCUGUCCCGUUUUAUGGAGCUGUGGGCCGGAGCCAGCCCAGCUCCCUUGCUGCCUCCCGGCGAUGCUGCUGGUCCCGGUGCGGAGAGACCCUCAGCGGCCCCGCGGAGCCUGAGCGCCGAGGCGGCGGCGGCAGCGGCGGCGGCCCCCCUGUGCCCCCAGGCUGACUACUAUGGCCGUGUACUGCUAUGCGCUCAAUAGCUUGGUGAUGAUGAAUAGCAACAGCCAGGUGACAAGCGGCGGGAGCAAGACGCCGCCUCCUCCCAGUCAAGUGUUGCCCAGGAGCCCGGAGACAGCCGGCAGCUGCUGCCCGCUCCCCGUCUUCAGCCCGGCCCCCGUGCCACCCCGCUCCCCACGCCGUGGCCCCGCUUUCCUCUUCCCGCCUUUGGAGGAACCUCCAAGCCGGCAGCCGGGCAGCCCCAGGGGUCGGCGGGGCAGCCGGGGAGAAGAGGGGCAGCCAGGACCCCCCACGGCACGGCAGCUUCAGCGGGAGCUGCACAACGUCCAGGUGAACCAGAAAGUGGGGCUCUUUGAGGCACAGAUCCAGGCACACAGCUCCACCACCCAGCCGCCGCGCAGCCCCCGGCCGGCGUCGCCCCGGCUGCGGCCCGCCAGCCCCACGGUGCCGAUGGUGGGACCUGGAACUGGACCCCAGCCUCAAGCCUACAGGGAGAGCGAGACCCACAAUCUUGGUGGGGUGCAGGUCUGGCCGAGCACUGCAGAGCCCUCGGGGAGGCCAGUGGUGGUGGUGGUCCCAGCUGUGGGGCUGGUGGAGGGCAGCAGCCCCCUGGAAUCGUCAGAGCCUGGACCACGGCGAGGUGAGGUGGUGGUGGCCCCCACAGGACUCGAGGGCCAGUGCCCAGCCGUCGGCGGGAGCAUCCCCGCCGUCAUCGUCACGGACUUGGGGGGCCCGGAGGAGGAGGCGGGCGCCGUGCCCCCCGGCAGCCUGCCCGUCCGGAAGCUGUCGUCGUCCUCAGCCUCUUCCACUGGCUUCUCCUCGUCCUGGGAGGAGUCCGAGGAGGACAUCUCCAGUGACCCCGAGCGCACCCUGGACCAGACCCCAGCCUUCCUGCAGACCCUGGACCAGCAGAAGCCCCGAGUGAGCAAAUCAUGGAGGAAGAUCAAGAAUAUGGUGCACUGGUCCCCAUUUGUGAUGUCUUUCAAGAAGAAGUACCCUUGGAUCCAGCUAGCAGGACACGCAGGUAGUUUCAAGGCAGCGGCCAACGGCAGGAUACUGAAGAAGCACUGUGAAUCGGAGCAGCGCUGCCUGGACCGCCUGAUGAACGAUGUCCUGAAGCCCUAUGUUCCUGCCUACCAUGGCGACGUUGUGAAGGACGGGGAGCGAUACAACCAGAUGGAAGACCUGCUGGCUGAGUUUGACUCCCCCUGUGUUAUGGACUGCAAAAUGGGGGUCAGGACAUACUUGGAGGAGGAGCUGAUAAAGGCCCGGAAGAAGCCAAGCCUGAGGAAGGACAUGUACCAGAAGAUGAUCGAGGUGGACCCUGAUGCUCCCACUGAGGAGGAGAACGUGCUGCGGGCGGUCACCAAGCCCCGCUACAUGCAGUGGAGGGAGACCAUCAGCUCGACUGCCACGCUGGGCUUCAGGAUCGAGGGGAUAAAGAAAGAGGAUGGCACUGUGAACCGGGACUUCAAGAAGACACGGACAAAGGAACAAGUGAUGGAGGCCUUCAGAGAGUUCACCAGGGGAAACCGCAACGUUUUGAACAGUUACCUUAACCGGUUGAAGGGUAUCCGUGCUACCCUGGAGACAUCCCCGUUCUUCAAAUGCCAUGAGGUAAUUGGGAGCUCCCUCCUCUUCAUUCAUGACAAGAAGGAACAGGCCAAAGUCUGGAUGAUUGACUUUGGGAAAACCACCCCGCUGCCGGAGGGACAAGUUCUCCAGCACAACGUGCCCUGGGUGGAAGGGAACAGAGAGGAUGGCUACCUCUGGGGGCUGGACAACCUCAUUCAGAUCCUGACAGAGUUGUCCCAGAGCGAAGACUUGCAUUAAAGCCGCGUGUCCGACUCUGCCACUACCCCCAACCUGCCCCUGACUGACUCUUCUGAACUGCACUACAAGACACUUUCCAGCCCUUGCCCUUCCCAUUUGAAAGCUAUUACUCUCCCUAUUUAAUGUGGGGUUUGUUUUGUGGGGUUGGUUGGUUUUUUUUAGGUCGUCUUGGGUUUUGGUUUGUUUUUUUGGGGUUGGGUUUUUUUUCCCCUCUCCAUGUAAAUAGAGAGCUAACCUGCCAGAACAAAAGCUGAACUUGAAACCUUGGCUUCGCAGAGUCGGUGGGAGCAGCCCAGCAGGGGUUGCUUAAGGCAAGCACACGCUUUGCCCAUCAAGCUUUUGAUUUUGGGAGGGCCUGUAAGAGGGCUGGCGGAGGAAGGAGCCUCUCUCUGCACUGGGAUAGGCAGCUUCAUCCCAAAAAACACUCGGCGGCUGUGCCCAGGACCCUCUGGCAGCCAAGGUGCCUGAGCAAGUCCUGGAAACGGUAAAGGAUACUGGGGUGGGAACAUUUUAGUUGUCUUUGCCAGCACCUUUCAGCCCAGGGAACUGGCUGUUCCGAGUCCCUAAGAGGUGCCAGAAGGGCGGGUUUGGGUUUUUCUUUGUGUUCAAGGCAUCACAUGGAGGUUGCUCAGUUAUUUUCAGGUGGCACUGGAGAGUGAUGGUUCCCCUCCUGCUGGUUGGGUGCAGGUAUUUACCGUGGCCAGCUGCUUUCCACCCACGUCCCUCAUGCUGGGCGCACUGGUAUGGUGGGUAACACUUUGAGCUCCUCUCUAGAGACCCAGCUCCCCUGCUUGGAGCUGCUUCCAGCUCUCCUUACCUGGGGUCUCCAGCCCUCCAUGGGGAAUAAAGGCUGUGGGAGAGAAAAAAAUGCUUAUAAGGGACUAUCAUGAGACCUAAAGUUGCCAUCCAGGUUGAUCGGUCUUUUUUGGGCAGCAGCCAAGCACGUAUGUAUGGGUAGCUCUCCCAAUGCCCACACCUGGACCAUGGUGGCCCUUCUAUAUCUCCAUAACUUUUAUCAGCAGUAGGCGAAGGGUUAGAGCAGCAAAGCAGCUCUGGAGGAGGCCUGGUUAGAUGUCUUUGGCAAAGCAGAGUUGGGGCCAGGCAUGCCUGUGCCUUCCCUUUUUCCCUGCAGAGAUGGCUGACUCUGCCACUUGCUCUUCAGCUUCUUGGGCUGCGCCGAAGGUCUCUACGCUCCCGAUCCUGGGAAAACACCCAGUUCCCUCUUUAGGGCGGAGGCUAUUUUUUAACUUCCUGGAACAUUUGAACUCAGUGGUGGAGCUGGCUUGCUAAAGGUCAGCCAUCGAGAGGGUGGCAGGGAGUCCCUUGCAGUGCUGGAGGUGCAGGAGCUCAACGGCCACAAAUCCCUCACCUGCUCCAUCGCCAAACCCACUGG